UAUGUGUGAAGUAAUUUUGACCACGGCUUGUGCAAGAGAAUAUGUUUGACAUAUGACGACCGAAGAGAAGAUUUGAAAAUGGGGUUUUAACCCUGAAACUAUAGCCAUCCACGACAAUCUAGGCUAUAUUGUCGUAUAAGACUGAUUGACGACAGGUUGCUGUUUCGAGAGCCAAUCUAUCCAUCAAUAGAUCAAACCUACAGUGACGUUUCUAAACCAACUACGCCUCAAACGUAAGACAUCAAGGUUUGAAGUAUCAAGUCUUUUCUUCAAAGAAGUUGUUAACUGCCAACAGUUACAGUGCUAAACUAGUUGUGACAUUUAUAAGCCAACUACUCUGUUGAUAGUGACGCAUCAAGUCAAGUUUGUAAUAGAAAGUCUUUUCUUCAAGAAGUUGUGACUACCGACAGUUACAGUGCUAAACUAGUUGAGACAUUUAUAAGCCAACUACUCUGUUGAUAGUAACGCAUCAGGUUUGUAAUAGGACGUCUUUUCUUCAAGAAGCUGUGACUAUCAACAGUUACAGUGCUAAACUAGUUGAGACAUUUAUAAGCCAACUACUCUGUUGAUAGUGACGCAUCAGGUUUGUAAUAGGAAGUCUUUUCUUCAAGAAGCUGUGACUACCAACAGUUACAGUGCUAAACUAGUUGAGACAUUUAUAAGCCAACUACUUUGUUGAUAGUGACACAUCAGGUUUGUAAUAGGAACUUUUUUCUUCAAACAACACAGGAGAACACAAUCGGUUGAUUCGUGGGGGUAUCCUGUUAAAAAUGUGUCAUUAAAGUUACCAAGGAAAAUCUCAGGGGGUGAUGUGGUUUUUACUGAGGAUUUUCAUAACUCUAUAUCAGCAUCUGUGACUCUUACAGAGAAAUUCCCUAGUAUCUAUUAAGGAUUACCAUUCUCCACUACAGAAUAAACCUAAUCCAGAAAAAAUCCCUAGAUCACUCAGUAACAUGAACUCCAUUGGUGGCUUACCUUCUGCUCCUUCGCCUACUCAUAGUGAUGUUUUAUCAAUGGCAAGAGAAUUUUCAGAAGAAUGGAGCAUGAUAUCCCCCAUACAUUUUCCUGCUGGCCAUCAAGAGAAGUCUGAAGAUAUUUCUAUUCCUCAAAACUUAGUCACUGCUUCACCUCCACUCUACAUUGGUGGCUUACCUUCUGCUCCUUCGCCUACUCAUAGCGAUGUUUUAUCAAUGGCAAGAGAAUUUUCAGAAGAAUGGAGCAUGAUAUCCCCCAUACAUUCUCCUACUAGUUAUCAAAAGAAGCCUGAAGAUAUUCCAAUGCAUCCUCACAAUCAAGUCACUGCUCCACCUCCACUCUACAUUGGUGGCUUACCUUCUGCUUCUUCGCCUACUCAUAGCGAUGUUUUAUCAAUGGCAAGAGAAUUUUCAGAAGAAUGGAGCAUGAUAUCCCCCAUACAUUCUCCAGCUGGCCAUCAAAAGAAGCCUGAAGAUAUUCCAAUGCAUCCUCACAAUCAAGUCACUGCUUCACCUCCACACUACAUUGGUGGCUUACCUUCUGCUCCUUUGCCUACUCAUAGUGAAGUUUUGUCAAUGGCAAGAGAAUUUUCAGAAGAAUGGAGCAUGAUAUCCCCCAUACAUUCUCCUACUAGUUAUCAAAAGAAGCCUGAAGAUAUUCCAAUGCAUCCUCACAAUCAAGUCACUGCUUCACCUCCACACUACAUUGGUGGCUUACCUUCUGCUCCUUCGCCUACUCAUAGUGAAGUGUUAUCAAUGGCAAGAGAAUUUUCAGAAGAAUGGAGCAUGAUAUCCCCAAUACAUUCUCCAGCUGACCAUCAAAAGAAGCUUGAAGAUAUUCCAAUGCAUCCUCACAAUCAAGUCACUGCUUCACCUCCACUCUACAUUGGUGGCUUACCUUCUGCUCCUUCGCCUACUCAUAGCGAAGUUUUAUCAAUGGCAAGAGAAUUUUCAGAAGAAUGGAGCAUGAUAUCCCCCAUACAUUCUCCUGCUGGCCAUCAACAGAAGCCUGAAGAUAUUUCUACUCCUCAAAACUUAGUCACUGCUUCACCUCCACACUACAUUGGUGGCUUACCUUCUGCUCCUUUGCCUACUCAUAGCGAAGUUUUAUCAAUGGCAAGAGAAUAUUCAGAAGAAUGGAGCAUGAUAUCCCCCAUACAUUCUCCUGCUGGCCAUCAAGAGAAGCCUGAAGAUAUUUUUACGCCUCCUCACAACCAAGUCACUGCUUCACCUCCACACUACAUCGGUGGCCUACCUUCGCCUACUCAUAGCGAAGUUUUGUCAAAGGCAAGAGAAUUUUCAGAAGGGUUGAUUAUGAUAUCCCAUCCCAUACACAUUCGAAUUAGAAGUGUGUCAGAAAUAAAUAAUCUCUCAAAAGAGGAGCUUUACUAGACUUCACCGAAGAGCAGCAGCAGACUACACUAGUGCUGACAAAUGACCGAAAUAUUGAAGUUGAGAAGAAAGUCUCAUUUCUACAAUACUCGGUACCACUCACUAGUGCUGACAUGCAUUGCCGAAAUAACAAAAUGAGGAUUUGUUUGGGAGAGGUGCCCUUCCCCCAAGGACAUUUAUAAGCCGACUCAGUUGACUCAGUUGAUAGUGACUCGUCAGGUUUGUAAUAGGAAGUAUUUUCUUCAAGAAGCUGU